CGCUUCUUACUCUUGACCAGUUCCGCGUUUCUCCUAUUUCCAAAAGCAUAGAAACUGAAGAGCGAGAGAGUGAAGAAAGGAAGAGCCAAAUUCGCCGUCCUAGGGGUGCGACCUGAGAUCAUAGUCGGAGAAAUCACCGAUUUCAAUCUACGAUGUGGAGGAGAUUGCUCGCUUCGCAGCUCAAAUCCCUCAAAUCUCUUCCCUCAUCAUCGACGCCCGCAUCCGCUCCGUUAGGAUGCAUUUCCAAAGCCACUCGACUCGGUGCUGCUUCUCAUGUUUCUCCUUCCGCGCCUGUCUCGCUCUUCGCUCGCUAUUACGCCUCUGAUUCUGCUGGUACUGGUGUGAAGAAAGUUGAGGAUGUAAUGCCAAUCGCAACCGGACACGAGCGUGAAGAGCUUGAAGCUUCGCUUGAGGGAAAGGACAUCCUUGACAUAAACCAUCCUGUUGGCCCUUUUGGAACUAAGGAAGCACCUGCAGUUAUCAAGUCAUAUUAUGAUGAAAGAUUAGUUGGAUGCCCUGGAGGUGAAGGCGAGGAUGAGCAUGAUGUUGUCUGGUUUCGGCUGAGGAAAGACGUGCCACAUGAAUGCCCUGUGUGCUCACAGUACUUUGUGCUGGAAGUGGUGGGACCUGGAGGAUCCCCGGAUGGUUUUGGAGAUGAUGACCACCACCAUUGAUUGCAAGCAUGCCCUUCUCGAAAAUAAACCUUUGGCUUUUAGAAGAGACAAAUCCCACAAUAUGCUGCAGUUCUUAUUUAAAGCUGUGUUUUGUUUGUUUUCUAAUGGUCGUUUUUUUUUUUUUUUUUUUUUUUUUUGCUCUCCUUCAGCAACAAAGGGAAUCUUAGUUGUUUCCGAGUCAGUUAGACAUUGGUAAGUCAUCUGCUAGAAGUUCGGGUUGCUUUUCUUUUUUAGCUUUUCUUCUAUGCAUAUCCAAAUAAUUGGAGGCAUUUCAAUUCUUUUCCAUUACCUUCCAACCAAACCCAUUAAUCCUGGAAAGUAAUUUCAAGAACUUCCAAAAAAAUAAAUUGAUUCAGGAACCGUGAAAUGGCUGUAUGGGAGUGGCUUUAGGUACAAUUCCUUCCCACUUCUAUUGCAAGUCUUAAACUUUUC